AUGUAUACUGAUGCUAGUUUGCAGCCGUGGACGCAGUGUGAAUAUAGAAUCCACACUUGGAAUUCAGCAGGCCACACCUGUAGCUCCUGGAGUGUGGUAAGGACAAUGCAGGCGCCCCCAGAAGGGCUCUCCCCCCCUGAGAUAGCCUAUGCAUCUACGAAUCCCCCAAAGUUGCUGAUUUCCUGGAUCCCGCCAGAACAGCCUAAUGGUAUUAUCCAGUCAUAUAAACUUCAAAGGAAUGGAGCACUCUACCCUUUCAGCUUUGAUUCAAUGACUUUCAAUUACACCGAUGAAGAGCUGCUUCCGUUUUCUACAUACAGCUAUGCGGUCAUCGCCUGUUCGAGUGGAGGCUGCUCCCCCAGCAAGCCCACCAGCAUUACAACCCUCGAGGCGCCUCCAGCUGGGGUCAGCCCUCCAGCUCUCUGGGCCAUCAGCGCUACCCAAAUAAAUGCAUCGUGGUCACCGCCAUCAAUUCAAAAUGGAAAGAUCACUAAAUAUUGGCUGAGACUGGAUGGGAAGGAGUACCUGGCUGGGCAGAGCCUGUCCCUGCUGGUGUCCCACCUGCAGCCUCAUACUCGAUAUGAUUUCUCCCUGGUGGCCUGCACAAAAGGAGGUUGUACAGCUAGCACAUCAAACUCUGCCUGGACAAUGGAGGCACCACCGCAGAACAUGGACCCUCCAAAAUUGCAAGUCACAGGCUCAGAGUCGAUAGAAAUCACCUGGAAACCUCCCAAAAACCCAAAUGGUCAGAUCAGAAGUUAUGAACUUAGACGGGAUGGAACCAUCGUCUAUACUGGCCUGGAAACUCGUUAUCAUGAUUUCACUCUCACCCCAGGUGUGGAAUAUGGCUACACAGUGGCUGCCAACAACAGCCAAGGUGGGGUUUUGAGUCCACUCGUCAAAGACAGAACCAGCGCCUCAGCGCCUUCAGGGAUAGAACCCCCAGAAUUGAAGGCCAAGGGCCCACAAGAGAUUUUAGUGAACUGGGAUGCUCCAGUGAGGACAAAUGGUGACAUUGCCAACUACACCCUCUUUAUCCGAGAGCUAUUUGGUAGAGAAACAAAAACCAUACUCAUAAACACAACUCAUAAUUCUUUUGACACACGGUCAUGUGUAGUAGACCAGCUGAAGCCAUUUCACAGGUAUGAGGUACGAAUCCAAGCCUGCACCAUGCUGGGAUGUGCGUCAAGUGACUGGACAUCCACACAGACCCCUGAGGUCCCACCUCGUACGCAACCGCCUCCACAUCUCGAGGUCCGGAUGGCACCCGGGGGAUUCCAGCCCAUGGUUUCCCUUCUGUGGACAGGACCACUUCAGCCAAAUGGAAAAGUUUUAUAUUAUGAGUUGUACAGAAGACAAAUAGCAACUCAGUCCGGAAAAUCGAAUCCAGUGCUAACUUAUAACGGAAGUGCAAGCUCUUUUACGGAUUUUGAACUAUCACCUUUCACAGAAUAUGAGUAUCAGGUCUCGGCAGUGAAUUCAGCAGGAAAGGCCCCCAGUAACUGGACGUGGUGUAGAACUGGGCCUGCUCCCCCAGAAGGUAUUGGAGCCCCCAGGUUCCACACAGUCUCUUCCACCCACGCAGUGGUCAACAUCAGUGCCCCUGGGAGGCCAAAUGGAAUCAUCAGUCUCUACAGAUUGUUCUCCAACACCAGCGGCACAGAGACCGUGCUGUCUGAAGGCACGGCCACACAGCAGACUCUUCACAGCCUACAGCCCUUCACUACAUACUCCAUUGGGGUGGAGGCCUGCACUUGCUUCAAUUGUUGCAGCAAAGGGCCGACAGCAGAGCUAAGAACUCCUCCUGCUCCGCCCUCAGGACUGUCCUCUCCUCAAAUCCAGAUGCUGUCCUCAAGGACAGCUUCCUUCCAGUGGAGUCAUCCUCUGUACCCCAAUGGUGUCAUUCAAAGCUAUGAGCUUCAACUCUACGUGGCUUGCGCCCCGGAUUUAGCCACUCCGUGCACUCCCAGCCAAAUAAAGACAAAGUAUGUGGGGCUGGAGCAGACAGCCAGCCUUGGGGACCUCCAGCCUUACACCACCUACAAGCUGAGGGUGAUGGCCCACAAUGAGGUGGGCAGCACAGCUUCUGAAUGGAUCAGCUUCGUCACCCAAACAGAAUUGCCCCAAUACAGAGCCCCAUUUUUGGUGGACAGCAAUUUGUCUCUGGUGCAUAUAGACUGGAGUGGCUCCUUCCUUCUGAAUGGCCCACUGAAGGAGUUCGUGGUGACCGAUGGAGGCCAGCGUGUAUACAGUGGCUUUGACACCACCCUCUACAUACCAAGGACGGCGGACAAAACUUUCUCUUUCCAGGUCAUCUGCACUACAGAUGAAGGAAGUGUUAAGUCACCUUUGGUCCAAUAUGAUACCUCCACCGGAUUUGGCCUGGUUCUGUCACCUCCUGGAGAAAAGAGCGGAUCGGGGAGGAAGAACACAGAGUUCUACAGCCAGCUAUGGUUCAUCGUGUUAAUAGCAAUGCUGGGCUUGAUCUUGUUGGCCAUUUUUCUGUCUCUGAUACUACAAAGAAAAAUCCGCAAAGAACCAUAUAUCAGAGAGAGACCUCCCCUAGUACCUCUUCAGAAGAGAAUGUCUCCACUGAGUGUCUAUCCACCGGGGGAAACGCAUGUGUUUGAUUCAGUGGCUGAUAUAUCUGAUGUGUCAAGCAAUGUUACCCUAAAAAGUUACACCAUGCACUUGGAGGGAUUAGCUGAUACCAAAAUUCCCCGGGCUGGGACACCCGUCAGUAUCAGGAGCAACCGCAGCAUAUCAGUCCUUCGGAUCCCAAGUCAGAGCCAAGUAAGCCAAACCUAUUCCCAAGGCCCCCUCCACCGCAGUGUCAGCCAACUCAUGGAUGUUCAGGACAAGAAAGUCUUGACUGAUGACUCGCUGUGGGAAACCAUCAUGGGCCACGACAGUGGGCUGUAUGUGGAUGAAGAGGACCUGAUGAAUGCCAUCAAGGGUUUCAGUUCUGUGACUAAGGAACACACCACUUUCACCGACACCCACCUGUGAAAGAUGGAGACUCCGAAGACGUAAAACCGAAAGGUGGGCCCUAUGCCCCAUCCCGACUGGGUUAUCACUGACUGACACCCAAUAUAUGCUAGAAAGAUCCAUUUCUGGUUAUUCUAUAAUCCUUCAAAAAAAGAAAAUGAGGAUUGUUUUUGAAAACUGUUCUUCCAUAAUAGAGGUCUGCUUUUCCGGUGGUCUGAAAUAAGGGGUACCAUCGAAAUGAAAAUACUUACUUUGCUCUACUAAAUAAGCUUGUAAUUUUCACUUGGCUCAGACAGUGACUCCACUGGUUAAGUGGACAAACAGGGACAAUUUCAAAUUGGCCCACCGUUGUUACAUGUAAGAAACUAAGCAGUUCUUCUGAGAGGACGUCACUGCUGCUCCUUUCAAUCCUUUAUUCCCAUGGAGUGACACAAUCCUGGAAUAAACAGUAAUUCCAAUGAUCACAGCUACACAGUAAAGUCCUGGUUUCAGGCCAAGCUGAAUCAGCUAGAGAAAACCAAACUGCGCUGGUGGAUUCACACUGAGCUGAAAGCUCAAUGUAAUUACCGUGUUUAGGGAUAAGUAUGCACUAAACUUAAUUUUUUAAAAAAAGUAUACACCAGCAUUUUGACAGAGCACCACAUACACUUUUAAAUCUCUGUUCCUGCAUUUGUGAAUCUUGUGAAAAUCUAAGGACUACAGAGCUAUUCACCACAUAUUUUACAUCGUUUUGAAACUCCAAUCAAUACUUUCCAUAAAAUUCUGUCAAUUGACCGUGUACACGGGAAUACUGACAUCGUCAACUUAGCACCUUUCCCAUGGAAACCGCUGUUCUAUUUGCAAUAUGUAAUUAGCCUGUGGAAUUAAAAAAGAAGUUUUGUGCUCCUUCCAGCUUUGCAAGUGUUUCAAUUAACAUUUGUAUGUAAACACAAGAGGAUACAUGAGCGUGUAUCAUCAUAUGCAUAGCGUAUAUGUCUAUUACUUUGUACUAUAGCCCUUCAUUUCAGAGAACUUGCUAUUUCAGCCCUCGAAUCACAAAGAGCGGAUGAUACGCCACAGUCCAAUUGCCACGGAUCAACAUCUUCUAGCAUCUGUUCUAUUUGGACUACAAAGUCAUUGGUGAAAGUCCUAGACCAAGAAACAUUUUUUUCCAAGUCAUCAACAUUAAAUUAAAGGUAUUUGUUCUUCAUGGAAAACAAUGUAAAAAAUACUGUCUUCCUUAUUCUUAAAAGGGCUAUGUAAUGAUUCCAGGAAGUUACUUUGAGUCUAUAGGUCACAUACACAAUUGUCAGACAAUAUUUUGCGAGCUAAUCCAGAGGUAGGUGGAUUUUCCCACGGCUAAAGUGGCAAAGAUUUAUUACGUUAGGGAUAACCCUUGUUCUGCCUCAAAACAAGUCAGAUUGUGAACUUUGGGGGUGCUGAGGCUCUAAGCCAGUCUGUGGAAGAACAGUUCCUCAGACUGACCAACUCCUGACAAAUCUUGCCAACUCUAAGUUUUCAGUGUAUCUUAUGCUUAUCCAAAAAUCAUGUUAGCAUCAAUACAAUUCAACUUGAACAACCUGUA